GCGGUAUUCUGACAGUUGAGAAAUGGUCUAAAAUAAGUGUACUGGUGAGAUAAAGUUAAUAGUUGUUUAUGUUUUAUUCUCUCGGCAAUUUUGCGUUAAAAGUUAAAUCUUAUUAAAAGAAGUAUCGCGACAGCAAUUGAAGUUUAUUUAAAACCAAAUGGAAGGAUUCGCAUAUUCUUGGUCUUAUUAUCAGGUUGUUUUAUCUAUUACUGUAUAGUGUCUUCUGACGUUAAUUUUCAGCGUUGUCUAGAGGCUCGUUGACUUUUUACUCCAAAAUAAUACCUAAUACAAUGGAUAGAGGAUAAAGAAAAGGAAAGGAGGAAAGGAGUGCAUACAAGAAAGGAAAGUGAAGAACAAAAUUGAAUUGAUAGGAUAGUGAUAGUAUCCAAUGUAGAGGAAUAGGAGUAAUUAACAGGGAUCUAGAAGAAAUGGCCAAAGAAGUUUUUGGAAGCUUGACUUUUUUUCGAAGUGAAGGGCUCAGGAAUUAGAAAGUCAAGUUUAAUUUUGGAAACGUUUUUAGGAAAAUGCAAUUGAAGACACAGGAACUACUCGGAAAAAAUUUCAGCCUGUAAGAGUAAAAGAUAUGGUGGAGUAUGGAGAAAAGGCAAAAUCCGUGGAGCAACAGUUAAGUGUCAAAAAAAAAAUAGAACCUAUGAGAGUUAAGGAUCUUCUAAAAUCUUUAAGUGGUUGUAAGAAAGCCGUAUCUGCCGAGGCCCCUGUUCCGUCAAAGAGCGCAGAAAGAUAUGCUAAUGUGCCGAAACAAUAUACAGUGCCAAGACAAAGCUCCAUAACGCCGGGAGCACACGGAAAAAAUGUUAGGCGGAAGCUGUACUCUACACAGAAUACCCCAAAAGAAUUACAUCGUGAAUCAAGAUUGUUUUCGACUUCCAAAGCACAGCAAAUAAAAACAACAGGAGACGUCAAUCGUAACCAACUUGCUCGAAAAAGUUUCUUAUUACCACCUAACUACAUACAAGAAAAUUAUGUGCGUAAAAAACUCAGUAAAGGGACUAUUUUUGAAGCAAGACACGAGGACGCUUCCGUUCAAACUAACAAUGAAUCUUUGGCGGAUAUAAGUUCAGGGAAACCUUACAAACCUGUCGAAGAAACUAUCAGUGUCCCAGUAAAUUCAGCUACGAUUCCACAUCAGAAUGCUGAAGGAAACUGCAUUGAAAUAAUCUCCUCUCAGUUGACUACGGAGAACGAAUUGAAUAAUAAUGUGGAAAGAAUAAUCAAUAUCAGAUCUGUAAAUACUGAUAUAACGGUGCCAUUAUGUGCGGCAGAUACGACGGAAAAGGGAAUCGAAACUGAAAGUGCAAACGUACAAUCCCAUUUUCUAAGACCGACGGUUAUUAUGGAACCCAGAAUUCUACACCCUUUGCAAGGAUAUUCUGAAUGUGGCUACGCUUUCUAUGAUCAAGCUUUACUUGCAAAUCAGAUACUUUUACCAAUUGCAAAUGAUGCAGAAACUCCGCGAAACGCACCAAACGUUCCCAUAGUCAGCUCCAUCUACGAGUUAGCAUCGGAACACGUUAUUGUCGAGAGAAAUAAACUACUUUCAAUAGAAUCAUACCUCAAAGAAGGUAUUGUUAGCAUGACUCAAGCCUUGAAUCUGGUGCAGGCUACACUUUGCUCCAAUACUUUGAGUGCGCAGGUGCAGUCGACAGUUCCGUCCCGCCCCCCCGCUCCUAUCGAAAAAAUUUUGGAGAUGCCAAUUUCUGAUUCCAUCGAGUUAAGGGAAAUAAAAAUAGAACCAACAUACGGUGAUACAAGUCCACCUUCUGUUCUACCUAUGACUUUUGCUACUCCGGAGGUCCAGGAUAAUAACGAAGAGAUUAAUGAAGGCUUCAGAAAUACGAAACAAAUGAAAGUCCUACAAGUUAGAUUAGAAAACUGUUUCUUAAAAACACCGAAGAAAGGUAUGUCUAAGAAUAUUGAAGGAAAGUUACACGAACUGGACAAUAAUGCUCAUAGAAUUGAAAAUGUAAUUCCGACUCAAGGACCAUCCACGAGCUAUGAAGCAAAUGGGCCUGAAACAUCUAAGAUUGAAAUAAGCUUACCGCAGACACCUACGCGAGAGUCAAACAGUACUGAGAAAAACUUUAUGAAAACGCCAAAGACAAUAGAUCGAAAUUUCUUAAUGACACCCUGUAGAAGGAUGGAUAACAAAGAGAACCUCCAAACGCCGAUGUCACGUCGUAAAACUUUUUCUGGUCAUGAUUCACAGAACCCCCGACGUUCUGUGCGAAUAGCUAGGCAUCAUCUCAGGCAAUCGCUGGGAGAUGAUAGUUUUUUGGCCCUCGAAAGGGAACUGAAUAUAGUAUAUCCUCACCCGAAUAUAUAACUAUAUACUUCAAAAAACUUUCAAGCGAUUGUGUCAGUCAAAACGAAAGAUAAAUUUUUAAACUUCAGAACGAUUAAAGUUAUAUU